GCCCUUUUGCUUUCGCUUCCCACCGGCUCGGCUGCGCGGCCAUGGAGAACGGCGGCGUCUACAACGAGACCACCGAGCCGCAGGCCAAGCUGCCCCUCCGCCGCCGCUGCGGCUGCACUCUGCGGCACCUGCGGGGCUGGCGGCUGGCGCACAAAGCCCUGCAGCCGGUCCUCUCUUUUCUGGCUGUUAUUUUUGAAGAAAUUGUGGAGGAUUGUAUCAACUGUCAUGGGCUGUACUUCUUCGAAUUUGUAAGCUGCAGUGCUUUUCUUCUGAGCCUCCUGACCCUGUGUGUGUAUUGCACCAUUGCAUAUGAAACAUUUGGGAAAGAUAAAGUAAACAAAGUGAAUUUUUGGACCAUGUUAAUUAUAGGUGCCUUCUUUCUGAUAGCUUCAAUAGUGCUUGCUGCAACCAGCUCUGGGUCUGCUUUUGAAAAAGCUGCGUGUGUGUUUGGAUUUUUUGCAAGUGGGGCAUUUUUAGCUGAAUUUAUAUGGGACCUUUGGUGCAGUCGGAAACAAAGCACUGAAGAACGCUCUGAAAAUCCAGGCCACACUCAAGGUGCCACAGAAGAUCAGCCACUGAAUAAGCCGAGCUAAACUUUCUGAAAUUAGUUCAUUUUCUUGAGUGGAGCAAACUAAAACAAAGUUUCAGUGCUCUGUAGGUAAUAAUUUCUGUCUCUUCCUUCUAAUCAGUUUUGUAUGCGUUGCUCAUCACAAAAAUUGAAAGGUCCGUAUGCAAGUAAUGACAUCUUGAGCAUCGUGUUUUAUUUAAUUGUCUGAGUAAUAGGUGGUCCUGCCACCUAUUUAGGCAGCAUACCUUUAAAAAAGAAAGUGUAAAUAGAAUAAUGCAAGGACAACAGUUUGCUGGUUUGAUCUUGGUAGAAGUGACUAAUAAAGGGAAAUCUGUGAUGCAUAAAUUCCUAGUUCUGCUCUGAAGACAUUUUCUCUAUAACUUGGACCAGAUGCUUCUCUUACCAGCUCCAAAUUAGAAUAGCAGAAUUCAUUCUUAUUGGUCAAACAGUGAAUGUAGAAGAGAUACCUAACUGCAGCCUUACAAAAACGCUUAUCCUUAUGUGAGGGUGUGGGAUUUUCUUUUUACUAUUCACUCUCUUCAGGUCUGCCUGUGAGAUCAGUUUCAUGAAAUACUGAGUGUAGAGUUGUUAUGCAGGGGGUAAUGUAGUUGUUUAUUAAGGAGAGAGCUUCGCACAUCAUGAUCAACAUUCACACUUGCAUGACAGAAUGUUCUUUCAGGUUGUUUCAAAACCAACAAAAAAUGCAGGAAUAAAAACUGCUAGUUGGGAGAGGAAAAAUUGAAGAAUAAGUAUUUUCACAAAGUAACCCCAAAGUAGCAAUUUGAACAUCAAAGGGAAAAACAUUACUGGGAAAAACAUCACCUCACGUUGGUACUAUCCGUGUGAAUUUAAUUUGCAAGGUUAAUGGCAUUCACAACUUGUCUAUGCAUAAAUAAUGGUGAGAUUUACUGGAAUUGUUAUGGACCAUGUUCCUUUCUUUGGUCUAGUGCACCAUGGCACUGGUAUAAGGCUUCUUCCUACUGGCUGGCUUAGCUGGUGAACGGGUAAAUAAGUACAUCUACAUAAGUAUCCUAAAGCAAAAGGCCAUAGGACUGCGAGAAAUACUGCUGAUGCAGCAUGUAUCAGACCAGUGAUGGGCAUUUCAAGCUAGAUGCUGAUUGCUAUAAAUAAAACAGAAAAAAGGCAUCUUUCAGAUGUCUGAGGUAGAAGCAAAAUUGCUAGAUGUCAUGUAGAAGAAUGCCUUCAAAAGUAGGGCAAAGUGCCAUAAGCCAAGAGAUGUUCCAGAAUGCCAGAGCAUGUGAGAAAAGAAAGCUGAUUAUGCAAAAACAGUUCUUGUUUGAGUUCUCAUGGCAUUGGUAAUAUCUUCAGGGAAGAUUCAGGCUGGACGUUAGGAAAUACUACUUCUCUGAAAGGGUGGUCAGGCACUGGAAUGGGCUGCCCAGAGAGGUGGUGGAGUCACCGAGCCUGGUGGUGUUUAAAGAGCGUUUGGAUGUUGUGUUGAGGGACAUGGUUUAGUGAGAGCCAUUGAUGAAGGGUGGAUGGUUGGACUGGAUGAUCCUGUGGGUCUUUUCCAACAUUAGUGAUUCUAUGAUUCUAUGAUCUUCCAGGCAUUAACACCAUUUCAUCAAUACUCUUGUCUGACAGAUUUAUAGUCCUGAAACCUGUUGUGGCAGCGCUAAGUCUAAGCCCGUCAGAAUUGUCUAUGAGAGCUGUAUUUGGAAAGGGAUGAGGAAGCCAGUGUAAGAGAAAGCAGUGUAAAAGGUCAGCUUCUUUUUCUAGUACUGUUACUUUCCGAUGAACAUGAGUUUGUGAUGUUCUCUCCCUAAGCUCUGAGCCUUAACUUUAACACUACACUUUGCUUGGGGAAUGUAACAUUUUUGACAGCUGGUGUGAAGCACCAAGUUUAAGCUGUGUCUUGGUUUCAGAGCCUUGCAUAAAAUACAUAUUUUCUUUUAUGGAAUUUCUCUCCUUGAAGAUGAAAUGUUAUUUGAACUGUCGUUUAUUUUCUUGUAUUUAUUAGAAUCCAUUUGCACUAACCUGAUCUCAGUGUAGGUGUACAGAGCUUGCUGUAUCUGUGUCUGAAAACUGGGUAGAUUAGAGAUGUGUUUAUUUACAAGCAAUGUAACUGGCAAUAGGAAACUGGUCAUAGGAAGAAAUAUCUGCUGCAAUUUGCAGUGUCUUACUUUGGGGUAUUUGUUCGCAGUGGUGAUUAACCUUUUAGAUUGGUGUGAGUUUUUUGUGUGUUUAUUUGUUGGGUUUUGUUUCCUUUUUAGUUUAUUGCCCGAGAUUCUACUGAAUUUUUCUGACAUCAAGACUUCUGUUGUUUCUUAAUCUUGAUGCUGUAAAUACAGUGUAAAAAUAACAAGGUGCUGCGGAUAUUAUUUAAACAAUGCAGGACUAUGACAAAUCUUUCAUCUUGGGGGUAAUUUUUCCUUCUUUUUUUUCUUUUUUUUUCUUAGCUUGAAAUAUAUGAAGAGAGUUAUGGGUUUUGAUUACUUUCUCUAUAGACUUUUCUCUGCCUAAGUGCUUUGCUAUUGGCAUCCAUUCCUGAAUUGGAGAUGUAGUACCAAGAGGGAUCUGUGAAGCCAUUUCUCUGCCUUGGGCCUCCCUGCCUAUAUGGUAUCUACCACUGAUUCUUUACAAACAAACUGGAAUACAAAGCAAGUUAUUUUUACAAAAAGGUGCCACAAGCAGUUGGUGUCAGAAGUGGCUGGAACUGAGUUCUGACUCCCAUCACCUGUGUUAGACCUUCUGAAACAGAAAUAUUGCCAACCUUUGCAGAAUAGUUUGAUGGAUUCUCUUGCUACAUACAUGCUGGCAUCCCUGGUGUGCUUUCGGUUGUUAAGAGUGAGGAUUUUUUAAUAUACACUUCAUUUUCCUUGUAGCUGUUCCAAGCAGUUAGCGUUUACACAUUCUCUCACCAACUGACUGAUCUGUGUAUAGAUUUGAGAACCAAAUUCUGUUGACUGAAAGGGAUGAAAGCAUUGCCGCCAGCUAAUGAAAAUGAGCAGGUACUUUUCUGGAAACUGGUUAGAUCUGUUUUCCCUUGUCAUAGGAUUUUUCCUAAUAGGAGACAUGUAAUUCUUUAAAACAAUACGUAGUGCUCCAUUCCAGAUACUGUCUAACUGGCAUUCAUCUGUCAUAUAGUAAAGUAGUUAAACACCACAUAUGGGUUAAGAGUUUGAGGUAAUUGCUAAACUGUUGCUACCAAAACAGUUGUUUGUUAACAAAGCAGUUUCUGUAUGGUUGUACUGUUAAUCCUAGGCUUUUAAGCUUGAGGGUAGGGUGUAAUUGGUUUUUUGUUGUUGUUGUUUAAAAAUAGUUGGGAAUGAGGCUUGUUUGUAUCUAUGCAGUUCUCUGCUGCUGCUUAACUUGCUUUGUGAGCUCCCCAGGGCACAAGGGCAGAUGUGUGUCUCUGCAACCCUCCAGGCCAGGUAGGGUGAGAGACUUCCUUACUGCCACAGCCAAGCAGAGUGGUCUCCUCCAGUCCUGAUGUGUUCCUGUUGUGCUCCUGGUGUUGGCUGCAGGCUUUGAGUGUCUUUCCUCCCAUUAGGCUGAUCCCAGAGGAUGGCACUGGAUUAAACAUCAUUUUUUGCAGGAGCUCUGUGUGGCUGUAUGUCUCCUACACUCCCGUGCACUGUCAGCAAAGUGGUCUGCAUGUUUCCCAGCCUGUUCCUGAUUAAACCAUUCUGCUUUCUUUAAAUCAGCUAUUUACAUUGCUAAACGAAGUUGGCUGAUUUUGACUGAAGUGGAUUAUUCAGGAGAAUGGUGGGAGCUUUAGCAGAAGGGCUGUUAUGAAGAACUAUCUUAGAUUGCUUUUCCUGAUUGCAAAGCAGCCACAAUUGUACAGUCUUAACUGAUAGUAAAACCUGUGGAAAGGAGCUGUCGGCACAGUACAUCAAGCUGAAGAUUGUCUUCACCUUCUUCAACACCGCGCUUGGCAGUGGUGCUGCGAGCCUGCUCAGACACAUUUAGCCUUCUCCAGCUGAGCCCAUCCAAAAAUACUUGAAGGCUCCGCAAUGACUUUCAGGCAUCACUUAUGCUUACGGUGCUGUGAGAAUCAGUGCAGAGGGUUCUCCAGGAUGUGUCAAGACUUGCUGUUAAGGAGCUGAACUGUGAGUUUUUGCUCUGAAAAGCCACAUGUACGUUAUGUAGAGCAUGAAUUUUUAAUGUGUUAAGCACAUAUUAAAAUAACAAUGCUAGCAAUGCCCUUUGGAUUCAAGUAUUUGAAGGAAUUGUGCCCUACAGCUUGUACUCUGCGCUUGAAAACAGCAGGGCAGGGUUGUGGUCCCGUACAGUCCAGUUCCACCAUUGCACACACCAACUUCAAAAUGCAGUGAAUUGUCUCAUGCAAUGCUAAGAGCUCAGCACAAGAUGUUUUUGCAUAAUGGCCACUGUGGUAAUCCUCACUCUGUUCAAAUCUGUGCAAUAAAAAUACUAAGCUUACUAUGCUGAAGGGAAAUAUUUUGUGAGAUAUUUGAGAGGUUGUAUGAAGUUGUAAUGAAUUAAUAUGCUGGUAGUGCCUUUAAGAUGGAAAUUCAUCUUUGUUUUAGUUUAUUGCUGCAAGCAGCAGGAGAUAUCUAGAUUAAAUCUUAUGCUGUUCAGAACUAUCACUUUCAUACCUUUGAGAACUUAAGUGCCUUUUACUGAUUAUUAAAUCAGAAUGAUAAUGCAAUUGUUGUAUUUGUAUUAAAAAAAAAAGCAUAUAGUUUUGUAGGCAGUGUUGCCUUGAACUUCCAUUAAAAUAAUUGUGAAAUGUUUUAUUAUUUGUCCAUUCUAAAUCUGUCAUCUUUUUAAUGGUUUUUUUGGUUCUUAAAGAUAUUUUGUAAUCAUUUUGAAAAUAAAAUAUUAGUAAAUAA